CGGAGGAGGCGGCGGCGGCGGAGGAGGAGGCGGGGCCCGGGCCGGGCAGCUUCCCUCCAGCACCGCGCAGUCCCGGCGCCGCGGGGCCCCCAUGCCGGGCCGGCCGCUGCUGCUGCCGCCGCCGCGGAGCCCCAGGUGAUUGGCAGCACCAUGUCUGGCCGGGAUCGGGGGACAGAGCCGCUCUACAUCAAGGCAGAGCCUGCCAGCCCCGACAGCCCUCGGGGCUCCUCGGAGGCCGAGCCCGAGCCCCCCCCUGCCCGGCCCGCCGGCCCUGCCCCGGCUCGGCGACGCCUCCCCACCGGCCGGGAGGAAGAUGAGGAGGGGGAGGGCCCAGGCCUGGGUGACAGGGGCGGCGGCGGGGGCAAGCUGGUGCUGAGCUCUCUGCCCAAGCGCCUCUGCCUGGUGUGCGGGGACGUGGCUUCUGGCUACCACUACGGGGUGGCCUCCUGUGAAGCGUGCAAAGCCUUCUUCAAGAGGACCAUCCAAGGGAGCAUUGAGUACAGCUGCCCGGCCUCCAACGAGUGUGAGAUCACCAAGAGGCGGCGGAAGGCCUGCCAAGCCUGCCGCUUCACCAAGUGCCUGCGGGUGGGCAUGCUCAAGGAGGGAGUUCGGCUAGAUCGGGUCCGGGGCGGAAGGCAGAAAUACAAGCGUCGCCCCGAGGUAGAGCCCCUGCCCUUCCCGGGACCCUUCCCCUCCGCUCCUCUGGCGCCGCCCGGGGGCACGCGCAAGACAGCUCCCGUGAACGCCCUCGUGUCCCACUUGCUGGUUGCAGAGCCAGAGAAACUGUAUGCCAUGCCUGACCCAGCAGGCCCCGACGGGCAUCUGCCCGCCGUGGCCACCCUGUGUGACCUUUUCGACCGGGAGAUUGUGGUCACCAUCAGCUGGGCCAAGAGCAUCCCAGGCUUCUCUGCCCUGUCCCUGUCGGACCAGAUGUCGGUGUUGCAGAGCGUGUGGAUGGAGGUGCUGGUGUUGGGGGUGGCCCAGCGCUCGCUGCCGCUGCGCGAUGAGCUGGCCUUUGCCGAGGACCUGGUUCUGGACGAGGAAGGAGCCCGGGCCGCCGGGCUGGGCGAGCUGGGGGCUGCCCUCCUGCAGCUGGUGCGUCGGCUCCAGGCCCUUCGGCUGGAACGGGAGGAAUACGUGCUGCUCAAGGCCUUGGCGCUGGCCAACUCUGACUCGGUCCACAUAGAAGAUGCCGAGGCCGUGGAGCAGCUGCGGGAAGCCUUGCACGAGGCCUUGUUGGAGUACGAAGCCGGGCGGGCCGGUGGGGGCGCAGAACGUCGCAGGGCUGGGCGGCUGCUGCUCACCCUCCCCCUCCUCCGCCAGACGGCGGGCAAAGUGCUGGCCCAUUUCUAUGGGGUGAAGCUGGAGGGGAAGGUUCCCAUGCACAAGCUUUUCCUGGAGAUGCUGGAGGCCAUGAUGGACUGAUGGGAGGGGUGUUGCUCUUGUGGACAUGUGUGGGAGGGUGGGGGGGUGCUGGCAGGACCGGCUGGGGUGGGGGGAGGGGGUUGAGCCCCAGAAGAAACCUAGGGAUGGGCAUGGACAGUGCCCACAGCCUGCUGGCAGUGCCAGGGCAGUGCCAACAGCCCAUGGGAACCAUGUCCAUGCCCACCCAAACUCCUUCCAUAGGCACCUAGAGGAGUGAGGCUAGGCAGUGCUGCUCCAGCCCCUUGGCAGGGGGGGAGCACUGCCCCUUGCAAGCCAUAAUCUACCCCCAGGGUUGGGGGGGCCUUGUGGAAGCCAUAAAGGGGGUAGCUGGGGAAAUUGGGGUGUCCGGGGAGAGGUAAAGAGAUCUCAGGGAGGUAAGGGUUGAGGGGCCCCAGCUUCCCCUUUGGUUAAUGCUUUUUGCUGCUGCUUGGCCCCCACCCCCCACCCCCCAGGGGCCUGGCUCCCCCCUUUAGCAGAGCCAGGGCCUGAAAACAAGGACCCCUGAACCCUUCCCUCCUUGCCAUUUAUAUUGGGCAUUAUUACUGCCCCCAAACUCCAAUCCCUGUCUCCCUUUAAAGCAAUAAACCAGAGCUGGCUCCUCCCCUGCCCUGCCCUCCCCACCCUUCCCUGGAGCUGGGUCUAGGGGUGAUCCCGGACCCCUGGGGAAGGGGAGGCCACAGCAUCUAUUCUAUCCCCUGCAUAGCAAUAACACUAUAUUUAUUUUUAGGGUUUGGAUCUGCGGGAGGAGCAGGGGCCUCUGGGAUAGGGCCUAGGCUACCUCCCAGGACUGAGUGGGGGAACAGAGCUGUACAGAGACUCUAUUUUAAUGUAUAUUUGCUGCAAAGAGAAAAACACGCGUUCGGUUUUGAACCUUUAAUGAGGAAAAAAAAAUAUAACAGCAAUCAUACCACC